AUGACAGAGCCAAGGCCCCAGAGUCCGGGGAAAGGAGAAUAUGAUCCACGAGUGAAAAAUGAUCCUGAAGAGAAGAAUGUCGCUAAUGAAAACGAAGAAGAAUUGAGUCGUCAGAAUUCGACACCAGAGAAGAAUCCUGAUAGUAGGGACAGCAGUAAUGCUGAUGUUAGUGAUUUUGCACAUGAUAUACCAAAAUCGCCAGUAUUAUCGUCAUCGGACUCGUUGAUGAACAUCACACCAUGCACGUCUAAUGGGAACGAAAUGGACGAUUUCGUGAUAUACUCAGAUUCGGACGGAGCGUCGCAGAACUCGUUUGAAUUGUUACAGAACAAGGGAGCCAAUCCUGUAAUUAUGGAACAAGAAGUUAGGGACGACCAGUCGAAAUCUACCGAUAGUGAUCGAGCUAAGCGUCACAGGACCAGCGACAGAAGAAAUAGCACGGAAACAACCCCGAGUCCCAAGCCCAGGAGGCGAAUGCGGAGAAAGUCUAAUAAGUCGGACGCGAGCGACAGGUCUCAUCGAUCGUCGCUGAAGAAUGGUGUAUACUUAACGGGUAGUGGAUACACGCUGACGCCAGCCACCGGAAAAAUAUUUCGUAAUCUAUUGAUUCUUGAAGAGAGCUUGCGGGAACAAGUUAUCCAACAGAGAGCAAUGAGGAGAAAGUAUUUGACCUUUUUGUCCAUAUUAUGCUCUAUCAUUGCAUCCCUAACCCAUCAUUUGUACUUGAUGGACUCUCCGGUUGACGGGACCGUUCGAGUCAUCUUGCAAUUCACAUUGCUCGCGUUGUUAGUCACUUUAAUGUUAUACCAUCUCUCUGGUGAAUAUCAAAAGACUAUUGUGUUGCCCAGAAAAUUUUUGUCAUCUACGAAUAAAGGCUUACGCCAGCUCAACGUGAGACUCGUCAAAAUCAAGACGCCGUUGACAGAUUCAAUCACCGAUUUAAUUCGAGAGUUCGUCUUGUUCAAUGCAACCAUGUGUCGGAAUGCCUUACACAACGUGUAUCCAUCUACAAAGAAUAACAGAAACUCGAAAUUGGAGGUAUUUAUAGCAUCCUGCCAACUGCAGUGCCAACCAAGAAUUGGAGUUGCGGACGUCAAAUUGAUCUUGAAUGCAAGAGUUUUUAAUACCGACGUCAGAGAAGGCUGGGAAUUAUACAGAAGUGAGUUCUGGGUGCAUGAAGGGGUCAGAAGACGAGAGAAUAUGAUGUCCUUUGCGACUGAAAAUUAUAGGGAGGAGGUGCUCGAUAGAGGAAAGCUAUUGAAGAAGGAUAGAAAAGAAAGAAGAUAUAGAAGGAAAUCCAGUGUAAAUGCCACAUCCAGCAAACUAAAUGAACAAAAUUUAAAUCAAUUGGAUGGUUCUUCUGAAAAUGUAUUAUUGUCACCAUAUCAUUCUGGAAUGAAUAGCGUAGACAGUUCUGAAGUUGGUGAGCAUUAG